AUGCUCACUCAGCAGUGCGCCCCUCAGGUUUGUGUCAUUAGUCCCUUGUUCUACUUCCUGUAUGCCCAUGAUGCUAUGAUCAAGUACAAUGCCAACUCAGUCUUCCAGCUUGAUGAUACCAGUGUUGUCAGCCAGAUCUACAACAAUGGUGAGGCAUCUGAGGUUUGGCAUGUCUACGAGAAUUCUCUCAAACUUCUGCAGAGGCGCUACAGAAGUGUUCAACUGUGGGCGUCUACAUUUGGUGAAGAACUGAAUUCCAUUGUAACAAAGUACUCCGGCUAUUUAUUGCUGCAAAAGAAAUAUAAAGAUACAGAAACAUUUAUAAGGAUUGAAGAAGUGGAUGGUGUGGAAUUGGUAACACAAUUUGGAAAGAAAAUGAAAGAAAUGUUAGGACGGAAAGUUGAAGCAGUGAAGAGAUUGGUAGAUGCUGCUGAAGAAGCCGAUUUAUACCAUGAAUACAAUAUGGAUUUUGAGUUUGAUUACUACAAUUCUGUGUUGAUUAACGAGGUGGAUGAAAAUGGCAACUACAUGGAACUUGGAAAUGAGUUCAUUUUGGAAGAAAAUGAGCAUUUCAAUAAUUUGCCAGUGAACACCUCACUUAGUAAUAUACAAGUCCCAACUAAUGUCUAUAAUAAAGAUCCCAACAUUUUGAAUGGAGCUUAUUGGUCAGAAGCAUUAAACACUGUCUUUAAUGAAAACUUUCUGCAAGAUCCAACUCUGACUUGGCAAUACUUUGGAAGUUCCACUGGUUUCUUUAGACUUUACCCAGGUAUAAAAUGGAUGCCAGAUGGAAAUGGAGUCAUCUCUUUUGACUGCAGGAAUCGAGGCUGGUACAUUCAAGCUGCAACAUCUCCAAAGGACAUCAUCAUAUUGUUCGAUAUCAGUGGCAGUAUGAAAGGUCUCAGAAUGACAAUUGCCAAACAUACCAUUGACACAAUCCUGGACACUUUGGGUGACAACGAUUUUGUCAAUAUUAUUGCUUACAAUGAUUAUGUUCAUUACGUUGAGCCUUGCUUCAAAGGAACGCUGGUGCAGGCUGACAGAGACAACCGCGAGCACUUCAAGCAACUGGUUGAUAAGCUUAGUGCCAAAGGAACAGGAAUUGUAAAUAAUGGCCUCAUCGAAGCCUUCAAUAUCUUGAAUGAGUUCAAUGAGACGGGUCAAGGCAGUCUGUGUAAUCAGGCCAUCAUGUUGAUCACAGAUGGUGCAGUGGAAGAGUAUGAACCAGUGUUCGAACAAUACAACUGGCCUGACUGUAAGGUGCGUCUAUUUACAUAUCUGAUUGGCCGGGAAGUAACAUUCGCUGAACAAGUAAAGUGGAUAGCAUGCAACAACAAAGGAUAUUAUACUCACAUUUCAACACUGGCUGGUGUUCAAGAAAAUGUCAUGGAAUACCUUCAUGUUCUCAGCCGCCCAAUGGUGAUUAAUCAUGAUCAUGACAUUAUAUGGACAGAGGCGUACAUGAACAAAGCGCUGUUUAAAACAGCUGCACGGAGUCUGAUGCUCAUGACAACAGUGGCUAUGCCAGUCUUCAGCAGAAAAAAUGAAACGAGAGCACGUGGUAUUCUCCUGGGAGUUGCGGGUUCAGAUGUUCCAAUGAGAGAACUAUUGAAGUUAGCUCCAAGGUAUAAGCUUGGUGUCCAUGGUUACGCAUUUCUGAAUACCAAUAAUGGUUACAUCCUUGCCCAUCCUGAUCUCCGACCUUUAUAUAAAGAUGGAGAGAAAGUUAAGCCAAAACCAAAUUAUAACAGUGUGGAUCUGUCAGAGGUGGAAUGGGAAGAUGAACAUGAGAUUCUUAGAACAGCUAUGGUGAAUGGAGAAAAUGGAACAAUGUCAAUGAAUGUGAAAGUACCAGUUGAUGGAGGGAAACGCGUCUUAUUUCUAACCAAUGACUACUUCUACACACAUAUUGAUGACACGCCUUUCAGUCUAUGUAUUGUUCUUACUAGAGGUCACGGCGAAUCUCUGUUCAUUGGAAAUAUCUCGGUGGAAGAAGGGUUACAUGACAUAGACCAACCUGAUGUGAUACUAGCAGAUGAAUGGAUUUACUGUGUAACUGAUAUUGAUCCACACCAUCGCAAGCUAUCACAGAAAGAAGCUGUCAUUCGUUAUCUUUCUGGAGAGGAACCUGAUCUGGACUGUGAUGAGGAGCUGGUCCAAGAAGUUCUCUUUGAUGCCGUGGUAACUGCUCCAAUUGAAGCGUACUGGACAGCCAUUGCCAUGAAUAUUUCUCAAAAUAACGAGGAUGGUGUUGAAAUGGCUUUUCUAGGCACCCGUGCAGGCCUGAUGCGAAGUAAUCUCUUUGUUGGAAAGGAGAAGCGCUCAAACAAAAAGUUCUUCACAAAUCAGGACAAACGUAGUAUCUUCACCAUGGAUCAUUUUCCUCUAUGGUACAGACGGGCUGUUGAGCAACCAGCUGGACAUUUUGUUUACUCCAUCGCCUCCGAGGCUGACAUGGGAUUUAUUUCAGGAAAGACAAACAGAAAUAAAAUGGUGACGGCCAGUACCUCAGUGACGGUGACUGUGAGCAGAAAGACAGCCAUUGCAGCAGCAGUCGGCGUGCAGAUUAACCUCGCAUUAAUGCGGCGGAGAUUCUGGGCAAUUACACAACAGUCCAAUGACACUGAUUGCAGCGAUAUUGAAGGAAGAUGCCCCAUCAGCUGUGAAGAUGAUGCACUAAACUGUUUCUUAGUGGAUAACAAUGGAUUCAUUCUGAUCUCCGGCAAAGUGGAAGAUACAGGAAGGUUUCUGGGAGAAGUGGAUGGAUCGGUGAUGACACAACUAGUGAACAUGGGAAUGUUUAACGAGGUGAAACUUUAUGACAAUCAAGCCAUGUGCAAAGGACAUUCCGAUCAUCACAGUGGGUCGGAGCCAAUGAUUAGUCCCUUAUAUAUUUUCUUUGCUGCUGUAAGAUGGUUCCUGAGCAACUUAUUCACAGUUUUGGUUGAAUUCCAUAUUUGUAGCCUGUGGAAUGUAGAUAACAUGGUAAAUGCCAAGUCCGUCUUCCAUUUUGGUCAUAAACACCGGAAAUUGGAUGCGUUCCAGCCCUGCGACACAGAGUAUCCAGCAUUUGUAAAUGACCCCACCAUCAAAGAAACCAAUGGAUAUAUUGAUUGCGGUGACUGUCAGAAAAUGUUCGUGGCACAGCAGAUAGAAAAUAGCAACCUGCUUCUUCUGGUGACUGAGGCGUACUGCGACUGCAGCAUCCUCCCAUCAGUCCUCCUGGAACCCACAGAAGUGAAAUAUAACGCAUCUGUUAAAUGCCAGCGUAUGCGAUCACAGAAGUUGCGACGUCGACCUGAUACAUGUCAUGCUUUUCAUCCUGAGGAAAACGCAGAGGAGUGUGGAGGGGUUUCAGGCGUCUCUCUGUCCGGAGUACUCCUAGCAUUGAAUCUGGGCAUGGCUGCUGCUGUGUUAUGAUGUCCAAACACAAAUGAUGGCCACCAUACACCACAUCGACACUGGUUUGGAAACUUUUGUGUAGGCUCCAGACAAGUCUGAUCAAUCAAGUCUAUUUCCAUCAAACUGUUAACAAGCUUCUGAUAUUGGAUGUUGGACGCUUUAAUUGACAGUGUUUCAUCUCUGGUCUCUGAAAUACAGCUUUUUUUCGUCUGCAUUUAGAGUAGUACAACUGGGGAAACGAGAGAAAUGUCACUCACUGCGAGAAGCUGGAUGAGUUAUCCCAAGAUGGGGUUCUAAAAUAUGAAAGUUAAAGUGCAAAAAAUCCAUAUUUCUAAUUGUUAUUGGCCAAUAGAAGUAUCAGCUUGCACGACAUUGGGUGAAUCUCUGGAGCUUGUGAUGUGUAACACCGGUGCUCUUUCUGUAGAUCAAAAGGUGCUGAUACGCAUAUCAAUUAAAAAUUAAGCUCAAUCAACAAUUUUUUUCAAUCAAUAUACCGCCCUCUACUGUUUUGAUUUGGGACAAAUCAACCGUUAAUUUAAUAAAAUAAUUUCUAAAAAGUAUUAAAAAAUCAAAUUAAAAUUCUAAAAAUUUGAUAUUCACCAUUGUAAAAACAGCAUUGUGCAAUUGUGUGGUAAAGUCAUCAUCACUAUUAGUUCCGGUAAUGUAGAUUGAACCUGGAAAGUCCCCUUUGCUUCCCCCUUCUGUUCUGGGAAGAUUCAUAUAGACAUCGUCACUUCUUUUGAGCUUCAUUCUUUCCACAUAAUAAAUUCUUUAUACAGUA